UGGAGGUCCUCGCCCUAGCUAGUCGAUGCCAACACUUUCGCGAAGCGCGUCGAAUUUCGGGGCCGGCGUCCCGGAAUAAGAUCAUCGCAGCUAGGUCUGGAGCGAUCUCCAGCAUUUCUUCUCUUUUGUUGCAGAGAUUUUGAGGUGAAUCCUAUGGCUUCUUGGAGGCGAUCGCUCAGCGCUGGCCUGGGAAAUGCAGGCUCUGGAAUGGCCGUGAGUGGCGAGUGCAAGAACAAAUUCCUGGAGCUUCAGAGGAAGAAGGCGUACCGCUACCUCAUCUUCAAGAUCGACGACGCCACCAACGAGGUCGUGGUGGAGAAGACGGGCGCUCCUGCCGAGAGCUACGAUGAUUUCGCAGCGUGCUUGCCAGAGAGCGAUUGCCGGUAUGCCGUCUUCGAUUUCGAUUUCGUGACAGAGGAUUUGUGCCAAAAGAGCAAGAUUUUUUUCAUUGCAUGGUCCCCAGAUCUUUCCAGAGUGAAGAACAAGAUGAUCUACGCGAGCUCCAAGGACAGGAUCCGGCGAGAACUCGAUGGAAUCCACUAUGAAGUUCAAGCAACCGAUCCAACCGAAAUGGACAUAGAAGUCAUUAGAGAUAGAGCCAAUUAAUUAAACACAAAUCCAAUCUAUCCACUCAA